CCUGCGUUAACAUUUCUUCCGAACGAAACAAUAUGUAGUAAGCGGGAUACAACGUUCGUUUUCAUAAACAAAUAAAAAAUCAAAAUUAAUUUUUUAAAACGAUGUGAUUAAAGUCGCCGGUUUUAAUAUAAAAGUUUUAUUAAAAGUUUGUUUUGUGUCGUUUUAUUUAUUUUUUUUCUUGAAGGACACACUGCUCAAUUUGACAGCUGUCAAUUGAGGCUGACAUUUCGUUAAGUGACGUGAGACGUGAUUGUUUAUUAAUUAUUUUUAAUAUCUUUUGUGAUAAAAAUGGUGUUUUUAUCUGAUUUAAGUGUGUGAUUGUACAUCAUAUUUCCGAAAACAAAUAUGGACACCACAGAUCAACCGAACUCCAUAUGUCACGUCCAGUCUAUUCACAUGUAUCCACUGCAGCCGUCUAACACGAAGAACGUUCCAUUCAAUUUACUAGCCGGCGAAACCGUUCUUCAUGUCGGACACUCGGUAGAUGGAGUAGUCGUCGUCACGACGUAUCGCUUGUAUUUACAGUCCAGAAGUAAACCCUUUCACAUACCUGUGUCGCUCAUUGAAGCCGUCGAAAUUCGAGAAUUGUUCAAUCUCCAUAUUGGAUGUAAGGAUGCAAGAACGUACAGAUGUACUUUCGAAAACAAUGAGAAGUGUCAAAUGUGGUGUGAUCAAAUCGUUAGAGCCGCUGAACCCCCGAGGCAGGUGGAGCAAUUGUUCGCGUUCUACCAUUGCAUCUGGUCGAAGGAGAAGGGCGGCGAGGAAGUCAUCAUGAGAUUGGAAAACCAGCGACAGUAUACGUUCGAUAGGAGGCUCUUUGAAAAUGAGAUGUGCCGCCUUGGAUUCCAAGGUCACUCUUGGAGAAUCUCGAAGGUUAAUGAAAAUUACAAAUUUUGUCCAACUUAUCCGCCUUACCUUCUCGUCCCGUCUUGUAUUAACGAUGACAUGUUGGAAAGCGUCGCCAAGUUCCGCAGUUCAAGAAGAAUACCAGCUGUAGUAUGGAGACACUUCAGAAACGGAGCAGUUAUUGUUCGUUCCAGUCAGCCAGAAGUCGGUUGGUUGGGCUGGAGAUCCGCAGAGGACGAAGACCUCAUUAAGGCUAUAUCUGAAGCGUGCAAUUUCGAUAGAUCUUGUAGUAAAAAUUACGAACCGAAAGAGUCCAAUCUGUCCUGUUCGCCCGGUUCUCUACAUUCUGAUGAGUCCGUCAUUCCUAACAAUAUCGACGCCUCCGAGAAAAAGUUCUUAAUUAUGGACGCUAGAUCAUACACGACAGCUGUGGCUAACAGAGCACGAGGUGGCGGUUGUGAGUACCCCGAAUACUACCCAAAUUGCGAAAUUCAGUUCAUGAAUUUGGCCAACAUACAUUCCAUCCGGAAAAGCUUCCACGCUUUGAGACAACUUUGCCUGUAUUCUGCAGAUCAACCCAAUUGGUACAGUCAGAUGGAGGGUACACGUUGGCUGUCCCACAUGUCCGGCUUGAUGAAGGCGGCAGUAACACUAGUAGCUGCAGUAGAAAGAGAUGCCAGGCCUGUAUUGGUUCAUUGCUCAGAUGGUUGGGAUAGAACGCCGCAAAUUGUGGCUUUGGCCGAGCUUCUGCUUGAUCCGUACUAUCGUACUAUCGAUGGUUUUCGCAUUUUAAUCGAACGAGAAUGGUUAGCAUUUGGUCACAAAUUCGCCGACAGAUGUGGUCAUUCCUCAGGGAGUGAUGAUCAAAACGAACGAUGUCCCGUUUUCUUGCAAUGGUUGGACUGCGUACAUCAAUUGCUUCUACAGUUUCCUUGUGCAUUUGAAUUUUCACAGAUUUUCUUGGUAAAGUUAGUGCAGCACGUCUACUCAAACUUGUUCGGAACGUUUUUGUGCAACACUCAAAGAGAAAGAUCGAAGAUUGUCUACGGUAAAACCUUUUCCAUUUGGGACUUUCUCAAUUCUCCGUGUUUUAGAAAUCACUUAUAUCCCACCAUGGGUACAAACACAUAUAACAGAAGGGUAUUAUGGCCCCAAUAUAACGUUCGCGACUUGUAUUUGUGGUCCGAAGUGUAUUUGGGUUCGAUCGAGGACAGUUCUAAUCCAGAAGAAAGUUCAAAUUUUUGUCCGGAAACAUGUGAUUCAUCUCCAAACUAUAUGACCAAGACGAGGUCUUACGGCGAUUUGAUUAAUGAUGGAGAAAGCUCUGCAUAUCACCAUCGUAGGUCUAGUGAUCCCAGUAUCAAGUGUGAUCCCAAACUGGUUCUCACUUCCAAGGAAACGAAAACGAACGGCCACGACACGAUGCACAUAGACGACAGAGAUCAGCAAAAUUUUUUAUCAAACUUUUUGCUGGACGACGGUGAUUGCAACCAGGAUUGCAUGUUUAAUGGCAACAGCAUUUCCACGGACGACCAAAUCGCCGAAUUAGAACAAGCAGCCGAUAGAAAAGUGCUUUAUGAGAAAGAUCAACCAGAUUUUGGCGAACCUCCUCCUUUGGUACAAGAGCUGCAUCGGAACUCAUUGGAUCUGUUGAAGGAAAUCGACAAGCCUUCAGUGUCCAACGGAGAAGCGAAAGUUUGUAACGGUGUGAUAAAAGUAAAACGCGAGACUGACGAAGUCUCCAGGGACGCGCUUAAGGCGGGAGUGUUGUUAAAAGAUGAAAAGACUGGCGAAAACGGUGAUAUAAAUCAUAAUAGUAACGGGAAUAGCGAGACUUCUUGUACAGUUAAAGACGAUAAUGACAGGUCGGAGAGUGAUUGUGUUAUGUCCGGAGACGUUGUGGGGACUUUUUUAGACAUGGAGAGGUCCAAUGAGACCAGUACGGAAACGCUUGUUGGGGAGGACACUCCUAGUGUAAACGGAAGCAAUUGUAAUGGCAAUCAGCAGGAUGAAAGAGAAAGAUCAAAAAAUUCAAAUUCUCCACAACUAACGACCGUUAGCAACGGUUGGGACAAUUCAUUGCACAAUUUAACGCAGCAAAAGAACAUUUAUUCCUAUCAAAACCCGUUGGGAGACGACGGGCUAGUUAUACUCAGGUCUGUGGUACAAGAAAGGCUGAAUCAGAUUAUCGAAGAGAACAAUAGAAAAGUUGAGAUGCUUGAGAAGGAAUUGCACAUAACCAGGCAAAAUCUGAUCAAGCAGUCUCGUUCUAGAUGCAUCCAUUCUGACUGUGAUCGACAAGACGAUAAUAAUUCCUUGGUUGAAUCUGUCGGCAGUACUGGCGAAGGUCAAGCUUCAGCUGCCGGCGAAUCUUUGAAGUCUGAUCUGUCCUGGGUAGCAGUGGAAGAAGGUUCAACCACCGAAUGCCCUCGAACGUUAUGGGUACCUGAUCAUGCUGUUAGCAGAUGUACAGGAUGUAGUACGGAAUUCUGGCUAGGAAGAAGGAGGCAUCAUUGUAGAUAUUUUGAUUGCAGAAAAUGCGGCAAGAUCUUCUGCGCAGACUGUUCGGAGAACAGCACUCCGUUGCCAGCCGAGCACCUCUACAACCCUGUACGAGUUUGUACAAAUUGUUACACUGAAUUGCAAAGGGACUGUACAGAAAUUCCUAACCAAUGUAAGAAUACUAACCCCCAACCUACAAAUGCAAAUACCCAAAUUGCUGCUUCGAGUAAUUAAACAAAAAAAAAAUGAUGUUUCUUAUUUAUUAUUUAAAAAAAUUAAAUAAAAUAACGGUUGUUAGCAGUGAAGUGACAGGGAUGGUGUCGAUGCUCUAAUUUUGUGUUUUAGGUUUUUUGGUAGUAUAAAAUUGGACCAGACUACAGUAUUGUACAAUUUUCAAAAGUCUCUAUCCAAUUUAAAUAACAAAUAAAAUAUUGAAGACAUUGCGCCUGCGUUAUAAUUUGUGCACUCUCGACAUAUUCUAUACCUUUUUAUAUUUCAAGCUCAUUGUAUUCCUGAUCUUUUCACAAAGUUAACUUUAUUUUUCAAUUAAUUCUUUUAAAGUCUCCUUGCAUUUCUUUCUACAAGAUGCAUCUCCUAUCUUGUGCUUCCUUGGAAAGGAAGGUGCCUCGACAAAAGUGUGAAUGUUAUAAACUACUCUAAAGGCUGUUCUUUAUUACUCCUUUUAAACAUUUCUGUAUGCAGUGAGUGACUGGAAGACCUGUAUGCAGUCAGUGACAACAAAAUGUAACAAUGUUGAUAUGAUUACCAAUUAACGAUAUCAUCACAAAUAAUUUAAACAUGAGCUCCCGAGAUUUGUGCUGAUAAUUCCCAAUUUCUGUUUUAACACAAUAAUAUUUCGUUAUGGGAGGUACAGAAUACCUAAUUAUUGGUCUAGCCAAGUCUAGACAUUAACUUUUAUAUACAUACAUGGUGCGCCAAACCUCUGGUUUUAUUUAAUUACGGCUAAACUGUGAGAUAUACAAAAAAAUGUUUAUAAAAAAACUAAUGUGUAUCAAAGACGUCUAUAAUUUAAAAUUAUUUUCGAUUAUACAGGGUGAGUCAGAACGACGGUAUGAACCAAAGUUGUAUUUUUUUAAAUGGAACACCCUGUAUAUUAAAUCAUUUUUGAAUAUAUUAUUUAAAAAUAUGAAAAAUUUGUAUAAGGUCUUAUAGGCCUAAAGUUAAUAAUUUUCGAAAUAUUUACAUUUUUAUUGAGAAAAAUGGUAAUAUUUAUAGGGUUGUGGAUUAUGUUUCCAAGGUAAUAAAAAUUUAAGUGAUAAGUCAAAGUUUUUAUAAUAUAGUGUUAUUAUUAAAUAAUUUAAUAUCUCUUACUUUUAUCCAUAAAAUAUACAGUGUGAUCACUAUUUGCAAAUACAAAAUUUUCUUAUAUUUGAAGUUAUACUUCUUUACCGGCGAUAUGAGGGUGAAUUUUUAUAUGUUAAAACCUAUGAUCCCGGCGCAUGCGCAUUAUAACUUUGUUCUGAUUGGAUGUUCAAAUGACAUGUCAAAAAUUAUUCAAUAUGGCGGCUGUGGCACAGCUGUACGUAGUUUGAUUAUUUAUGGUUGUUCCGCUUUGAAAUUUGUGGGAAAAGAAACAAAGUUAGUUAAUAGUUAUACUGCCUUUUUAAAUAGUUUUCAUAUACCUAUAUUUUUGGACUUUUGGACUAUUUUGGACAAGGAAAACUCAUUCUAAUUUGGUAAGUAGUUUUUAUUAUAAUCAUAUUGUAAUUAUACAUUUGGAUUAGGUUGGAAUACAUACAUUUAUUUUCUCAAGAAUGGGGAUUUUAGAGAGAAAUCCCAAAUUAGGUCCGAUUUUUAUUUUUAAAUUAUGAUUUUUUGGCGUAGAUUUAUUUAUCUAGUAGGUAUGUAAUGCUUUGAUUUACAUACUUAAUUUGAUUACCAACAAAAGUUCUACCAAUCUUCAUCUAAUAUAUUGUUUUCUUACUGUUUUGUUAUAUUUUAAUAUUUUCUUCCACAAAAUUUAAACUACAUAAUUUAAUUAUAUUCAAAACAACUGUCAAACAGUAAAACGUUCAGUUACCCUAUUUUUCCACAUGACAAAUAAUGUGGAAUUGGACGAGUGAGUCUAGGCUUCGAUUACUUAUAAAUUAGUUGCUAACUUAAAUAAACAACCAAAUUUUAAAUCUACACUAGUAAUUUUUCUACCGCAGCAACUUUCCUGUACCAAAUUAAAUGUUAGUUUUAUUGUAUUUACGAGUAAGAUCAGUUAAUAACUUUUUAAUUUACCUACAUCUUGAGAACGUAUAAAGUAUGCUUUGAAACAAAUGAACGUUAUAGAAGUAUAUUAAGAAGUAAAUAGUAUCUAUGUACCUACUCGUGUCACAAAAGCUGGUAAUAAUUUCUAAUGGUUCCGCCAAAAACAAAUGUCAUAUCCACCAAUUGUUCGGUUGAAAAAUUAAAAUUUAAAAUAUAAAAAAUUGUUACAAAAAUUUCAACUAGAAAAGUAUUACCAGCUUUUGUGGCACCAGUAAAUACUAUUUAAUAAAAAAUAAUUUGGCUGAUACAUUUAACAUUCAUUUGUUUCAAAGCAUACUUUAUAUAUAAUUAUUAUGUUCUCAAGAUGUAAGUAAAUUUAAAAGGUAAAUUAAAAGUUUAAUUGAUCUUACUCGUAAAUACGAUAUAACUAACAAUUAAUUUGGUACAGGAAAGUAGCGGUGGUAGAAAAAUUACUAAGGUAGAUUUAAAAUUUGGUUAUUUAUUUAAUUUAGUAACUAAUUUGUGCAUUCAUUAGGAUGGUAAAAUAGUUUUUGUAAAAUAAUUUAAAGUUAUUAAAUUCAAUUCAAUUUUACAAAAAAUACUAGCAUACGAUUUAUUUUAAUCUUUAAUUACGUUUUUAUUUUCAUAUUUGAUAUUAUAAUUAUAGAUAUGUUACUAAAACCAGAUUAUAAUUUUUUUUUUGCAAACAUUUUUUAAAUAAACAAUCCGCAAAAACAUAAAAUCUAUAGUUUUUUUAAAAUAUCUACAAAACGAAACAUGCUAGGUACAUACAACCUUAUACCAAAAGAAAGGUUGUAAUAUUUACUACAAAAUACAAAACUAAUAUACAGGGUGUCCCAUUUAAAAAAAAUGAGAAAAUUUUGUAUUUGCGAAUAGUGAUCACACUGUAUAUUUUAUGGCUAAAAGUAAAAAAUAUUAAAUUAUUUAAAAAUAACACUAUAUUAUAAAAAUUUUGAGAUACCACUUAAAUUUGUAUUACCUUGGAAACAUAAUCCACAACCCUAUAAAUAUUACCAUUUUUCUCAAUAAAAAUGUAAAUAUUUCGAAAAUUAUUAACUUUAGGCCUAUAAGACCUUAGACAAAUUUUUCAUAUUUUUAAAUAAUAGAUUCAAAAAUAAUUCAAUAUACAGGGUGUUCCAUUUAAAAAAAAUACAACUUUGGUUCAUACCGUCGUUGUGACUCACCCUGUAUAAUCGAAAAUAAUUUUAAAUUAUAGACCUCUUUGAUACACAUUAGUUUUGUUAUAAACAUUUUUUUGUAUAUCUCAUAGUUUAGCCGUAAUCAAAGGAAACCAGAGGUUUGGCGCACCCUGUAUAUUUGAUAUAAAUAGGGUCUACACAUGCAGGUGUCUGUCAGUCAGUUUCACGUGUUGCUUUGCUGUUAUUAUUAAUUCAUUUCCAAAAAUGAAUAUUAGUCCAUACAUUUUGUAACUUCUCGUGGUUAAUUUUUCUUUUGUACGUAUGUGAUAUGUUCAACUGAUGUUGGCAAACGACUUUGUGUCGAUAUAACUUGCCUUUAAAGCUUAAUAGUUUAGCUCCGCUUUAAUUUUUCCAUCUCAGCUCCUGUGCCGGAAGAAAUAAUAUCGUUUGAACAUUUACGUGCCAUGGACGCGUUUACGCGUCCAUGUCAUUGAUCUAUAGUCAUAUUUGGACGCGCGCGCGCGUUACCGGAGCUGAAAGGGUUAAGGAUAACGUACAUUAACAGUUUAAAGUCUCCACUCUAAAGACCUUGAAGUAUUAGGAACGUGUAAUAUGUCACAAACAACAGACAAUGUAGCACAAACGUUGUCAAUAAUUUCCACGUUGUAUUAGCUAUCUUUCUAUCAUAUUCAUAUUAUCUGGUUCUUCAUAGAAAACUUCGUCAAUCUCUUUUCUCUUAUCCGUCAUUUUUGCAACAUUUUGGCCUUUCCAUUCUAAUCAAAGUAGUUUCUAUGCUUAUAUAUUUUACUAGGAAUAGUUCGUGCCAACUUAGUCGAGCAGACGCCAGAAUCGGUUUAUCACUGAGAUCUAGCUCUACAAUAAUUUUCUUUUCUAAUGACCCUACAGACAGCGAGUCCGUAAUAUUGCUACAACUCUCCGUGUGAAUCUUCAACAGUGCUGGAAAUAUCUAUCAGCUCCUUCAAGACGCAUGCCAUAGACAUAGACUCUUUCAUAGCUUUAACAAACUUAAAUAUUGUUCCUUUUAAUGCAAAUUUCACUAUAGGAAACAUGUGGAGGUCACACAGCAUAAGAUCGAGAGAAUUAGUCGGAUGCUAACACUUGAAUGUUGCACUAGAAACCUCUUGACAUACAAUGUGGAAUUUUCAUUUACUUUUUUCAUGUUGAGAUUAUUUUGUAAAACGUGCUGUGCGCAGGCAGUAUUUUUCAAUUCCUAUAGUUUCAGUUUUACAUAAAUACUUAACCGACGGUCAGAUUGAACUAUACUAAAAUCACAAUAAAGAUGCACAAUAAAUAAACAAACCAAGACACGUUGAAUGUUACGAGGAGCACUCUCGAAUCAUGAUUUACAAUGUAUAAACUUUAUAAAUCAAUAUUUGGGAUUUACAAUGUACAGUGCACAUAUUCUAAAAGUGACGGUGGGGGUUGGCGUCUAUGCUCAAUAUUAUAGUCGGUGUAUGAGAGAGAAAGAAUUCGAAAUAAUGAAUUAACAUAUUUUAUAUUAUUUGUUAUUUCAUUAUUUCGAAUACCUUCUCUCUCAUAACCGACUAUAAUACUGCACAUAUACGCCACCCCCCACCGGAACCUUUACAAUCUGUGCACUGUAUAUACGUUGUCAUGAUUUGGGAGUGCUCCUGGUAACAUUUAACGUGUCUUGAUUUGUUUAUUUCUAGUAAAUUUUUAUUGUGAUUUUAGUGUACAUUACUGAUUUUUUCGUUAUUUUCACCCGUUUUGACGUGAAAAGUCGAUACGGAUAUCAAAGUUUUCUCAACUAUCUUGAAAACGCUUAAACUGCUCAAGUAUAUUUGCACACUUAAACAGUCAUUGGCACAGAACUCUCUAAUAAAUAAUAAAGUUUCAGUAGGUCUGUUUCUAAAUUGUAUGUGAAAUUUAACAAUUCGUUGCUCUGUUGCCACAUAUAUCAUUUUACAAAAAACACCUUUAAUCUAUAUAUCAACAACUAUAAUCAGCAACUCUACGACUAUACGCAUUUAUUUACAGAAGCAAGAGUACUAAAUUUGAAAGAGGAGACUUUGCGCAUUUGCUGCGCAUGCGCAUUUCUGUUCUAGCAGCCUCGAUAUUUAAUAGCCACAUUUCGUACAUUAUAAAAGUAGUUUAUUUCAUUUAUCCCAAAUAAAAGUACAACCAGUAAACAACAGUAGUAAAUUCUUCUUCCUCCUCUUCUUGUAGGACAUUAUCCUGUUUAUUCCAGCAUCCAAGGUCUUGUUAUGUUGAUGUCCAGCUAUCAUACCACCUCCUUUGGGGGCAUCCAAGCAGUCUUUUUGUAUUGAGUGUAUGUGUUUUACCCAUUUUUCGAUUCUUCCAGAGUCCAUUCUGUCGAAAUGAUCUUUAUAUCUACGACGCCGCGCCGUGCUGGUGUAUCUUACCACAUCCUGGACUCUGGUGUUUCUUAACGUAUCCUAAAUCCUUAUUCUAUCUCUCAGAGAAGUUCCUCUUAUGUUUUUUAAUACAUUCAUUCCUGUAGUUCUAGUUCUCAUCAAUAUUUUUUAAGAGACGUGUUAGCUCUUGUUUUCGCUGCGUAUACUAGUACUGGUCUUCCAUAUGCUUUAAACUAUGUAUCCCGAUAUUGUAGCUGCCUUGUUGACUUGCUUUUUCACUUCCUCUGUAGUAUAUUUAUCAUACGGUACAUCUAUUCCGAAGUAGUUGAAAUUCAUGACUCUAUUAUGUAUUCGUUAAUUAUUAGUUUACUUUUGAUGGAGCUCUCGGUUUUUACCAUUUUCGUGGGAUAUUAACAUGUUUAACUUGUGUGCUGUCAUAUUGAAUCUGUAAAGUACAUGUCCCUUUUUAUUCUUGUUUUAUUGCGACUGUUAAGUUUCCUGAUUAUAUUGGUUGUAAAUUAUUUUCCUUAAUUGUUGUUUUCAAUGUUUUCACAAAUUUUGAGUGGUUCUCUUUAUUCAACGGAUCUUGCUAUGUUCAUUUUUAAGCCAUUUAUAUGCUAUGAUUGUCUGUACAUCCCGGCGAACAAUUAAAUUUGAUUGUUUGACAUACUUUAACCAUCUGAACUACCUGGUGUUACACCACCAGACGGCGCUAAAAGUAGCUGUGCUUUACAUCCAGUACAUCAAUGUCCAAUUUUGUGUUUAUUUUUGAGAUGUUAAUCUUAUAAAACAAGAGGGAUAUUUAAAAAUUUUCUUGAUUACUUAUACAUGUUUGGGUGACAUAGAGAGCAGUCGUUUUAGCAAAAAUUUGUCUUUGGCAACUGUUUCUUAUUACUAGAUAAAUGUCUUCUUCAUAUUUUAUAUAAAUCAUGAAGAAGACAUUUCUUUCUUUGCUGUUGUUGAUUUUAAUAACUUAUGAGGUUUUAUCACAACUCAUCAAUGGUUGGUGGGAUUUUCUGUUAGAUAUCACAUCGAGGAAAGUAAUAAUUACUACAUAAAUUUAUCUUUGGGAAAUAAGUAUCACCACAGUUGAUAACAUCUUUCAUAUAAUUCAAGAAGGAGCGCUAAAAACAGUCAUGCUUUACAUACCAAAUGGCAUUUUUUUCUUUGGUAUUUUCUUUAGUAACUUAUCAGAUUGCUCGCACACAUAUUUGGUAGUUUUUGGAUAUUCCUGUUAGUAUGACAUGAAAAAUUAAUAUUCUUAACAAAUUUUCGUUGGCAAAUGAUUCUUACCAUCAUUUGAUAUUAUCUCGAUAUUUCAUUAGAUGGCGUUCUGAAUAGUAUUGAUUUACACAUAGAGUUGUAUUGAUGUUCAAUUUUAUGUCAAUUUCUAUCAUAUUAUUGAUGUUAGUAACGUCUUAGAUUAUUAUUUUCUCACAACCUCAAUAUCUGGAAAUGUUUUAUUCACUGUGACAUGGAAACACUAAUUUUGGUCACACAUGUGUCUUUUGGCAAUUUUUAUUUUUCUCUAGAGACGUUAAUCUUCACAACCUUUUGGUACUAAGUCGUACCUGAAAUAGACGCUUAUAUUUUGAUAUACUUUUAUUGUUUGUUUCGUCUUUUAUUGUUUAAGUAGCAUCUUUUUAUUGUUAUUUAGUUGUGUAUUGUAUAUGGUUUUAUUGAAAUGGUGACUGUGUUUUAUACCAUUUUUGUUGUUUCGUCAUAUACAGUGUUACUUAGCAAUGGAAUACAGCGCAAGAUUUGUAUUCUAUACAUGAAAAUAUUUUGAAUGUUUAUAUUGAGGAAUGUAGGGGGCGUUGAAAUAUUUUUUUAACGUUCAUCUAUAUUUUUUGUAACUUUAGAUUAUUUUUUCCUUAAUCGCUUUUAAAGGUUUUAAAAAGUCAAAUACUAACAAAUUAUUUUCAAUUAUUUUUACAUAAAAUAGCGAAUUUGUAUGUUUUUUAGGAAAAUAUUUCAUAAAAUAUUCAAUUUUACCACAACUGUUGAUUAUCUAUUUAUUAAGUACACAACUAUUAAAUAUAUUACCCCUAGUUUACUAAAAAAUUCAUUUAACUUACAGUACGCUAUGUUGAGCAGAGUUGCCAACUUUUUGUAAUUAUAACUAACAUUUAACUAUGAAAAAAAUUUAAAAAUUUUCUGUUCCUUUAAAAACGUCUCUAUGUAGAUUUAGUGCUGUCGCCAGGGGGGGUACAAUGGCCUCCUUUAUUCAGAUGGACUUACCCAAGUUUUUUUAUACAUUUUGACCCGUAGAAUAAGAAUUUUUUGGGUAACAGUGGAUCCGGAUGUCGAUAAGAUUGUUAUAGACAAAGAACUCGAGGAAUUACAUAACAGCGUUUUCUCGCAAAACAAAACAUCUUUUUGUGCCAUUCUAAGCAAAAAAUGUUCUGACAAGUUUUUUCGUAGGAUGCAUAGUUUUCGAGAUAAACGCGGUUGAAUUUUCAAAAAAUCGAAAAAUUGCAAUUUUUGAACCCGAAUAACUUUUGAUUAAAAAAUAAAAUAGCAAUUCUGCUUACCGCAUUUGAAAGUUCAAGUCAAAUUAUAUCGGUUUUGAUUAUUUGCAUUGCUAAAAAUUUAUUAUUUUACUGUUAAACAAAUCUAUAAACACCUAGUGCGUGAGUGAUGUUUUCAAUGAUUUCUCAUUUAAAAUCAAACGAGUAUGUAGAAUAGCUACAAGUGCAAGCGAGGCAAUUUCUACGUAGCAUGCGUUAAAACGCAUAUAUUAGGCACGGGAAACACUAUGUGUUUAUAGCUUUGUUUAACAAUAAAAAAAUAAAUUUAUAGCAAUGCAAAUAACCAAAACCGAUAUAAUUUGACUUAACUUUCAAAUGCGGUAAGCAGAAUUGCUACUUUAUUUUUUAACCAAAAGUUUGUCGGGUUCAAAAAUUGAAAUUUUUCGAUUUUUUGGAAGUUCAACCGCGGUUAUCUCGAAAACUAUGCAUCCUACGAAAAAACUUAUAGGAACAUUUUUUGCUUAGAAUGACCCAAAAAAUACAAAAAAAAAAUGUUUUGUUUUGCGAGAAAUCGCUGUUAUAUAAUUCCUCAAGUUCUUUGUUUAUAACAAUCUUAUCGAUAUCCGGAUCACCUGUUACACAAAAAAUUCGUGUUCUACGGGUCAAAAUACAUAAAAAAACUUGGGUAAGUCCAUCUGAAUUAAGGAGGCCGUUGUACCCCCCUGGCUACAGGACUAAUUAUGUCGUCCGAAAAUAAAAUCUAAAAGAGUUUAUGUUGAAACUUUUUUCCUUACUGGAAUGGAAUCUUUAUUUAUCGAUUUUAUCUUCAUAUUAUGUACACGUCAACUCUCAUAUCCUCUUGGUCAUUGGAAUCUGAUUCUUCAGAUAGUGAAAGGUUGUCGGCAUUUAAAUGUACAGUUGUUUCUUUAAUAGUGUUAUCAAAACGUAUUACGUUAAAAUCGUUCUCAAUUGCUAUUACUUUGCUGGAACACGUUCUUUCCCUUUUUUUUUUUAAUUUAUAAAUAUUGUAUUUGAAUUGUUUUCAUGUUGUUCUGAAGCUAUUUCCUUGUGGCAUUUUUUUGAUUAAUUAUUUAUAUGGGAAUAACGAUAUAAUAUAUAAUAAUAACGCACCCGAUUUGGGCGUCGAAACGUUAAUAAAAUUAUUUUUUUCAUUUUAAUUGUGGCUUAUUUCCCAUAUAAAUAAUUAAUUGUUUUCAUGUUGACAAAAUCGUCAAACCGAAAAAACAAUCUGCUGUUGCUGUCAAUCUAGUGUUCUGCCUUCCACUAGUUUUUUCAGUGCCUAGAUUACUGGCUUAACAAACUGGAGAACUCGGUUCGAUUCCCUUCGGACACUUCAAAAUGUCUAAUUUAUCUUAAAAAAAACACUGGACCUUAACUAAAAGCUUACACGAAUUUUACUUUACCAAUUUUUAGGGCAUAUAUCUAGCAACGAAAUCUCCCUAUGUAAUUACCCGUCAUCAUCAUCAUCCACAGCUAUUCCAUCCAUCGUCGAAUGCAAGCCUCCCUUAGGUGUGUUAAUUCAUUUCUGAUCGUUGUUUUUUAUAUCCAUUCGUGACCAGCCAGUCACUUGAUGUCAUCAGUCAUUCUAUGUCUUCAACAGUUUGAGGUUUGCCUCCACUUCCCUUAAGGCGGAUUUACACUUAUUCACUUUAGAUGUAUAUUGCGGAUGUUUCAUCCGCAAUGAAAGGUAUAAACAUACUCUUCAUCUAUAUUUCAUCCAAGAUGCACAUCCAAAGUAAACAGUGAACAAAGUAGAACGUCUUCCUACUUUCGAUGAACUGGCUGGAUGCUUCAUCCACCGUGAACUCCUAGUGUAAAGUGUAAACUUGUUUUUUUCGGAUCAUUGAACAUUCCAUGCCAUCAAAACGCAGUUAAAUAAUUUUUUUUUGAUACAUAAAAUGGCUUUUCAAUGGAAAGACGAACAUAUGCAUAAUAUAUUUCUAGAAAUAUAUCGUAAUCAUGAGUGCCUGUGGAAUAUUCAAUCUGAGGACUACCAUAAAAUAAACAUCCGUGAUUUAAACAUUCCGUUUAUCGGGAUUAAAUAUAGGCGACAUAAAAUCAAAAAUCAAAACUAUCCACACUCGCUAUUGUCCAGAGUUAGCAAAAAUUAGGAAGUGAGAAAAGAGUGGAUCAGGAAGCGCUGAUGUCUAUUCUCUUCGUUUAUUUUGGUUUAAAGAGGCAAACUCCUGAUUUUUUCUAAUUUUAGACAUUUUUCUAGUAAUGCUUUACUUAUUAACUCCACGCCGACACUUGCAAUCGUAUUCGCCAUUUUGAAAAGACUGUGAAACGAAUUCCGUCAGUGAAAAUGUAAAUUGCUGGCCUUUCAAUCUACACUUUCACUAUGUGUAAAUUCGCCUUUAUUUGUUCUUGGUCUCCGUUCAACAGUUCGCUUCAUCCAACAACGGUUGAACGAAUUACCGGUUUUUAUAUAUUUCUUUCUUUCUAUACGUAUACAAAUAUAAUAUAAUAUUCUUGAAUUCCUAAGUAGAGCAUAGAGUUUCAGUGAAGACGCGCUGUCUGGUUCUAUUUUGCGCUAAGGCCUUCACCUCAUUCCAAGACUUUCCCUGACCUCUUAUCUCGUCCAUGAUGGAUGUUCUCCAAGUUUGUGCUCGGCGACCUCUGUUUCUUUUUCCUUCGAGAUUCCACUCUAGGGCAGUCUUUGUAAGACUGGAACUAUUUUUUCGAAGUGUGUAACCGAUUCAACACCACUUUCUGGACUGUUUCAUUUUCUACCCUCUUUUGUUGGGUCAGGUGUAAUAGAUCUUCGUUUUUGAUGAUGUUUGGUCAGAAAAUCGAACAAUUCUUCAUAGACAUUUGUUAACAAGGACCUGUAGUUUGCCUGUAAAGGUUUUUGUCACUUUCCAGGUUUUACAUCCGUAGAGUAGAACAUACAUGACGUUUGACUGGAAUAUUCGGAUCUUUAUGCUUAUAGUAUACUCGCCAGAUCUCCAAACCGGUACUGUUUUUAAAAUUCUUCGAUAUUAAUGCCAUAAAAUGAAUAGUUCAAAAUCCUCGAUAAUCAUCCCCCUUCGUUAUUUAUUGCUGACUGUUUAUUUGACCUCCGUGGUUCAACUCAGAUUUUUCUGUGUAGUAUCGGAUUCAAAUUGAUUUUAAUCCUCUUUAUCUGUCCCAAAAGUAAAUAAUUAGACAAAAUUUAAGUAAAAUCCUCUAUAAAAGGUGUCUUUAUUAAAAUUCCCUAAAAAGGGCUACAUCACAAAAGCAGAACUAGUUUUCCAGAAGUACAACCAAAUAAGACAAAAUUUCAAAUGUUGACUACGGUUGAAAAAAGAUAUAGAUUAUACUCGCAGGAUGCUGACAUGCUAAGUCACCAAAAUUGAAAAUAUUUGGGUAAAAACCCUUUAAAAUUAAACAGUCAUGGAAAGUUUGACUAGAUUUAUUAUAAUUAACAUGGAUGUAUUAAAUAUCACAUAAUUAGGCCCCGGGUACCAUUUGACCCUCACUUGAGUUGAUUUCGUUCAAAGGUUCUGCUACCUUACAUUUUGAACUGUCAUGUCGUUGGCAACUAAUUAUAGUAACGGAAAUCUUAAAAGCCGUCAAGACUAAACUGUCAAUGCAAAAGGAAGUAACAAUGUUAUAUUGGUUAUAUAGCCCAAAGUAUAAGACUUGUUAAAAUUAAAAGAACAUCACUCUAUUGUGAUUAAAAGAUUAAAGUAAAAAUAACCUCGAAUGUUAAAGGUGAGAACUGAAAGAAGAUAGUAUAAUUAAGUUGUCCAACGAUGAUGGUAGGCAAGCAACAAUACUCGUGAAUGAGUUAUGUUGAAUUAUAGAAUCAAUCAACUAAAAAAAUUAAUAAUAAAACCUUUUGUGUUUGGUCACACCUAGGAACGGGAAAGUAUUUUGUGUUGAUGUAAAUUUCUUAGCUAUUGAAUGUUCUAUGUUCUCAUCUUUAACAUUCGAGGUUAUUUUUACUUUAAUUAAUUUUUUAAUCACAGUAGAGUGAUAUUCGUUACUGUUGUUUUAAUUUCAACAAGUGUUAUACUGUUGGCUAUAAUAUAACAUUGACUAGAAUUGUUAUAAUUAACAUGGAUGUAUUAAAUAUAACAUAAUUAGGCCCAGGGUACCAUUUGACCCUCACUGAGUUGAAUUCGUUCAAAAGUUCUACUAUAGUAUUUUUACUACAAAAACGUUAUUACGUAGGUCAAAAUUUUUUUCGUAAGAGAACUGUCAAAACAUUAGAAUGUGACUUUUCAUUAUUGCCGUGUUUAUAAUAAACAUAGCAAUAAUAAAAAGUCACAUUCUAAUGUUUUGACAGUUCUCUUACGUCAAAAAUUUUGACCUACGUAAUAACGUUUUUGUAGUAAAAAUACUAUACCUUACAAUUUGGACGGUCGUUGGCAACUAAUUAUAGUAACGGAUCUCUUGAAAUAUAUCAAGACUAAACUGUCAGUGCAACAGGAAGUAACAAAAUGUACCUAUUGGUACACAAAGUUCUACUACCUUACAAUUUGGACGGUCGUUGGCAACUAAUUAUAGUAACGGAUCUCUUGAAAUAUAUCAAGACUAAACUGUCAGUGCAACAGGAAGUUGCACUUCCUGUUGUGUGUUUAGUCUUGAUAUAUUUCAAGAGAUCCGUUACUAUAAUUAGUUGCCAACGACCGUCCAAAUUGUAAGGUAGUAGAACUUUUGAACGAAUUCAACUCAGUGAGGGUCAAAUGGUACCCUGGGCCUAAUCAUGUGAUAUUUAAUACAUCCAUGUUAAUUAUAACAAUUCUAGUCAAUGUUUCCAUGACUGUUUAAUUUUAAAGAUUAAUUUUACCCAAAUAUUUUCAAUUUUGAUGGCUUAGCUCAGCAUCCUGUGUGUAUAACCUAUAUCUUUUUUCAACCUUGGUCAACAUUUUAAAUUUUGCUUUAACUUAUUAGGUUAUACUUAUUUUAGGUUCAGCACUGAUAAUGAUCUGUAAUCAGAUCGAAAACUAGUUCUGCUUUUGUGAUGGAGCCCUUUUUAGGGAAUUUUAAUAAAUAUAUCUUUUAUAAGGGGUUUUACUUAAAUUUUUUGUGAUAUAUGGUAUACAGCCAGCUACAGGAAAACCUUUUUCCUUGUGGAUUUGUAAAUAUGUAAUUAGACUUGCAGAAUUUGACAUCAAUAAAUAUUUUCAUGCUGGAAUAGUUAAGUACGUUGCGUCCUAUUGCUUUAAGAUCAACCUGUAUAUAGUAUUUAUUUAUUUCGUUUACUAUUUUAUACUUGUGAAUGUACUUUAUGAUAAUUGCCAAAUGAAACAAUCUUUACAACGUAUUGUUUAUCUUCGCUUUAGCGUCACGACAUGAAAGACAAAAAGUUUUAUAUAAACUUGUUAAUGGCAGAAAUUCCAUUUACACCAUCUCUGGCACGACGUUGUACAAUAAGUUUUGUAAAGAUUUGGAUACUUUGAACGAUUUGUAAAAAAUAAUAUGAAAUCAUUACGCAAGUGUUUUUCAAUUUGACACUACAAAAUUGCUGUUAUAAUGUCCAAGAGUAUAUAAAUAUAAAUUUGUCAUUAGGUAUAUUGAAGAUAUUUAGUGAAUAAAACUUAUUUUAAAUUUA